AUGGGAAUUUGUCUUGUUACACCACUUCAACUUCCAGUGAAGCAGACACAAAACAUUAAUACAAACAGGCACACCUUCAACAAGCCUUUCAAAUGUCACUGCUGCAGAAUUUUUAGUUCAGCUGAUAAUUUCAAAAACAGUGACAACAAAACAACCAGAAAGUGCAAGUCAUUGAAGCAAUACUUCUUUCCCAUAGAAAAUGGUUGUGCAUCAAAACCUAAGGAUAAAAAUCUGACAACAAUUCAAAGUGAUCUUUUUAAGCAACUGAAUGCAUUCUACCUGUUUUCGCGUCCACACACCGUGAUUGGCACUCUUAUAGGAAUAACAUCCAUUUCUAUUCUUCCUUUGGAAUCCACUGCUGAUCUGUCCCUGGCAUUUUUGGUGGGAUUAUUGAAGGCAUUAGUGCCAUCGAUAUUAAUGAACCUUUAUGUGGUGGGAAUUAACCAGCUGUUUGAUGUUGACAUAGACAAGGUGAACAAACCUGAUCUCCCCCUACCUUCCGGAGAAUUUUCAAUGGAGUUUGGAAUGGCAAUGGUGUCCACAUAUCUAUUGAUGAGUUUCACAAUGGGAAUUAUGUUUCAGUCCCUGCCAUUGUUUUCUGCCCUGCUUGUAAGUUUUCUACUGGGGAGUGCAUACUCUGUCGAGCUUCCCUUGCUCAGAUGGAAAAGAAAUGCAUUCCUUGCUGCAAUAUGCAUCUUGAUUGUGAGGGCAAUUAUCAUUCAACUAGCCUUCUUCAUACACAUCCAGAAAUAUGUGCUCAGUAGACCGGUGGUGUUUACAGAAUCACUUGUAUUUGCAAUUGGUUUCACGUGCUUGUUCUCCACUAUUAUUGCACUAUUCAAGGACAUACCUGAUGUGGAUGGCGAUAGAGAAUUUGGCAUUCAAUCAUUCAGUGUCAGCCUAGGGCCAGAAAAAGUUAGCAAAACAAAAUGCUUUCAUUUUUUAAUUACCUUGCUCUGCUUUAAUGGUUGCCAAGUAAUGGGUGGAGAGGGGAAAAUUGGAAUCUUUCAACAUUGAUUCUGAACAUUUGCUCUAUCAAAUCCAUGGAAAUAAGUUUUCAUCAGUCUAAAUUUUUUUCUUUCACCCAUCUUUUUGAAAGAGCA